AUGGUUCCCCCGCAGCAACCGAGACCUAGGGUCGAUCCAGAUCAAAUGCCUGCACCAGUCCAAGUACGAGAAUAUGAUCAAAAACUGCACGGAGGAAAGUUCAUUGGCACCUGUGAUCGAGAACACAUCCCAUUGUCCACCACCGACUUUCUCGCUAUGGAUCAAGGAAACUGCAAUCCUCGUUUUAUGCGAUCUAUCACGAAUAGCAUGCCUCGGAAUAAGGAGCUAGCCGAUGUGUCAGCCGUGCCAGUCGGACUUGUUGUUCAGCCACUUGCAGCUCUCGCUCGUGAGGAAGAGCCAAUUCAAAUAGUGGAUCAUGGACCGGAAGGCCCUGUCCGAUGCACAAGAUGUAAAGCCUAUAUCAACCCGUGGUGUAGCUUCACCCAAGGUGGUAACCGAUUUGUUUGCAACAUUUGUGGUCAUAGUAGCGAAGUGCCUGCAUCGUAUUUUUCAAAUCUGGAUGUGUCUGGCCGACGCAUGGAUUUCGAUCAGCGACCAGAAUUACGAUUUGGUUCUGUGGAUUUCGAAGUGCCUGACCUAUAUUACUCGGCAAGAACACCAGCUUCCAUCAGCCAUUUAUUCGCUAUCGACGUAUCAGCCAAUGCAAUUCGAAGCGGUAUGACGGCAACAGUUUGUGAAAUUUUACGAAAGUCAUUGUUCGAUCUUGAUCCAAGUUCCUCGUUGCUUCCAAAGAAUGCUCGAGUCGGUAUCAUGACUUAUGACUACGGCGUUCAUUUCUAUAAUCUUCAUCCUGAUUGCGAGCAAGCCAAGAUGCUUGUUGUAGGAGACCUCACAGACAUGUUUGUGCCUAUGCAAGACGGCAUGCUUGUGAAUCCUUGGGACUCAAAGGACAUCAUUUCUGAGCUUCUCCAGAGCAUACCGUCUAUGUUUGCUCAAAAUCAGCGUGGUGAUUCCAUGUACUCGUCGGCUGUUCAAGGUGGCAUGGAAGCUUUGUCUGUGUCUGGUGGUUACUUGCAUUUAUUCCAAUCAACCUUGCCAACCAGUGGGCCAGGUGCCUUGAAGUCUCGCGAUGACGCUGCGCUGCGUAAUACAGAUAAAGAAAAGCAGCUGUAUGUACCCCAAGGCGAAGUUUACAACAACCUAGCUAAAGACUGUGUCAAAAACGCAGUUUGCGUCAACAAUUACUUGUUCCCAUCAUCGUACAUGGAUGUCGCCACGUUAGGUGCGUUAUCGUCGACCACGGGUGGUGAAACAUUCUACUACCAGAACUUUGGCCCAGGCGACUUUGACAGAAUACUUUACGAUAUCUCCCAUGUUCUCAACCGACAAUGUGGAUUUGACGCUGUUAUGCGUAUUCGAUGUACUAAUGGUCUUCAAGUCCUUGAACAUUAUGGUAGUUUCUAUAUGUCCAAUUACACGGAUGUUGAGUUGGCUGGUAUCGAUGAAGAUAAGGCGAUUGCAAUUUCUAUGAAGCACGAUGGCAAACUUGAGGAUGAUAGAGGAGUUUCAUUCCAAGCAGCCCUGCUGUAUACUACGAAGGAUGGACAUAGGCGGGUACGCGUACACAAUCUCAACAUUCCGGUUACGGAGCAUAUUGCGGAUGUCUUCAGGCAAGGUGACCAUGAGGCUACAGUCUCUUUCUUGGCCAAAAAAGCUAUGUAUGACGCACUCCAUAUCCAAAGAAAAGAGAUUAGAGAGAAGCUGUCUGAAUUGUGCGUCAAGAUUUUGUCUGCCUAUCGCGCAAACUGCGCUUCAUCCACCUCUCCUGGCCAACUCAUUCUCCCAGAAGCGUACAAACUACUUCCUGUGUAUGUGGCGGCCUUAUUGAGAUCUAAAGCUCUCCUGGGUAACGACAUUACUGCGGAUACUAGAGUGGUUGACAUGAAACUCAUCAGCGGUAUGAGCCCCCGAUCGCUGAGCAUACAUUUAUAUCCGCGACUGUUUUCCAUUCAUGAUGCCGCAGAAGACGUAAGCACUUUUUUAAGAAAGCAUAGUCUGUUACUCGAUGCACUAACCAAUGUCUUUACAAAUCCAAAAACCGUUAGGGAUUCAUACGAAAGAUUAGAUAGUAAAGGAGCAUAUCUAUUGGAUAACGGAUGCGAGCUAUACUUCUGGCUUGGAAGCAGGAUUGAUUCCUCGUUUUUGCAGCAAAUAUUCGGUGUUGCAGACAAGAAUGCAAUUGACAUAAAUAUGACAAAUAUACCGUCCUUGGAUAACCCGCUCUCAAAACGCUUACAAAUUUUCAUCACGGAAAUCAGGGCAUCUCAUCCUAGAUACCUCCGCCUUCGAAUUGUAAGGCAAGAAAUCGAUCGAACAGAAUUCGAGUUUGCCACCAACAUGGCAGAAGAUCGAAACGCCGAAGUGCAGACAUAUGUCGACUACAUGUGCGUCAUCCACAGGCAAAUCCAAGAAGAAGUGAAGAAAAACAGCUAUUACUAGCAGGCAUAUCGGUUUUACGUACAUCAUUAAGCGCUUAAUACUACCGGAGAGUAGCAUUGGAUAUUAUUUGGUACGAAACGAAGAGAGAAAAUAAUAAGGAAAAAAAACCAUCCAUAUCAACCUCCACUGGUUUCUGAUUUUUAAGAAAAAAAACAAAAAGCUAUGUAC